UCAACCUGUCACAGCAUCCAAGUCACGUGACGCCCUCGACUUCGUUUGUGCAACGCUCCUCCUUUUAUUUCACAUUGUAGCGUGGUCAUUUCCGCGUUCACGCUUCGCUUGAGCUUCAAAGGUGGUGGUGGUGGUGGUAGGGGGGGCAGACUCUGACGUCACGUCAGCUCACCGACCUGCCGGACGCGCAAUCAAGAGGGAGCCCCGCGCGCGCUACUAAGAAGAGGUUCACUGACCAGCACGCGCUCCGUUUGGAAUGAGAGGGAGAAGAACGGCUGGCGAUGAACGCAGGGAGUGAGCACGCGCCGCGACGUUGCCGCACUUUCCCAAAUUGACAGAGAGAGAGAGCGAGCGAGCUGAAGCGCAGCAAAGAGGGGCGGCAGAACACACAGGGUCUGGGUGAAUGUAUAACCAUGGCAACAGCAGCAGCAGCAGCAGCAUCAUCAGGAGCACGAGAAGCGGGGAUAUAAACAUUGCAUCCAUUCGUCCGCCCGCAAACGGACCGAUUUUUACUCCGGUUAAGGAUCGGAGCUGGAGCCGAACCCUCUGCGGACAUCACACCACAGCGCUGCUAAGCCUGGCAAAGCUGGCCAGCUGGAUGAAGGAAGGCAUUCCCAGUUUGAUACUCAAGACCUUGACAAUCCCAUGCUGUUCUGCCCUGUGAUGAGUGGGACUGUAUCAUGUCUGAAGUACAGGGAACGCUGGAGUUUUCUGUAGAACUGCACAAGUUUCACAAUGUGGAUUUGUUUCAGAGGGGCUUCUACCAGAUACGAGCAGCACUGAAAGUCUCACCUCGAGUGCCCCACAGGUUGACCGUGACAACAAGUGACAAUGCAGGAGAGUGCAGCUUCAGCUCCACGGGGGUGUACGACGGCAGCGUCUUCAGCCGGAUAUUUCAGAUCCUCUACAGAAACGAGGAGAUUGCUGUCAACGACUGCAUGAUCUUCAAAGUCCACCUGCUACUGGAUGGAGAAAGGUUGGAGGAAGCCUUGAGUGAGGUGGACUUCCAGUUGAAGUUGGAUCUUCACUUCACCGACAAUGAGCAGCAGUUGGCAGAAAUAGUGACAGUCCCGUUGAUCAGCAGUCGGACCCUGAGGCUCCACUUCCAUCCGCGGCGAGGCCUUCACCAUCACGUCCCCGUCAUGUUUGACUACUUCCACUUGUCUGUCAUUUCUGUCUCCGUGCACGCCUCACUGGUUGCCUUACACCAACCUCUAAUCAGCUUUGCGCGCACGGGGAAAGGCACCUGGCUGGGGAAAGGCUCGCCUGAGAGCGUGAAUGACCCGUCUGCUGUGUCUGUGGAGAACCUGGUGUUCGGAGCUGGCUACUGCAAGCCUGUCAUCUCUGAGGGAAGCUUUUAUGUGCCCAGUGAAAACUGCCUGCAGAGAGCUCAUACGUGGCACCGGAGGCUCUGUCGCCUCCUGCUGGCCGCGCACAGAGGGCUGCAUGCCUACUGCAGCUCGCUGAGGCAGGAGAUCCCGCAGCUGCAGCUGGUUCCACUGGAGUCAGAUUUGCUACCUUUAGAUGAAGUUCUUAACCAGCUCUCCAUAGAGUUACAGCUGCAGGAAGGCCAUGAGAAGGUAGCCGAGCAGAUCAGCAGGGACGUGAGCCAGCUCUGCUCCCAGCUGGCUGCGCUGUGGAGCCGUUUCCUGGAGACAGCUGUGCUCAACCCCUACAUCCUGUCCUAUCUGGCCCUGGAACAUCACACACUUAGAGUGAGAAGGUUCUCAGAGGCAUAUUUCUUCACCGAACACCCAAAAGAGAUCUGUUUGACGUUCCAGGAAGAACUAAUCAACAGACACGGCCAGAUAGCUGCAGACGUGCGGAGCUCUGAGUACUUGACCAAAAUGCCUCCUUUGCCCGUCGAGUGCCUGGACAUCGAUGGAGACUGGAACAGCCUGCCCAUCAUCUUUGAGGACAGAUAUGCAGAGUUUCUGCUGACAGAAAUUGUAUCGCAUGUGCCAAUACUUGAAACCACUAAAGAAUUCUCCGCCAAACGGAUUCUUCAUAGCAGCCAGGAAGCCAAAUCACCAGCAUUAUCCCGGCAUUCCUUGGAUAGUGAAGAAUGCAUGGACACUCCCAUGCCUGUCCCAGUUAAAGCGGAUCAAAGGCAAAAUGAUGUAACAGAUACCCAGAACAUCAUCCAGACUGAGCACGAUACAGAAGAUUCUAUGGUUGAUGAUCAGAAGUUGAAGGAACCAGCAGAAAGUCAUGGCAUUGAUGAUGAACCCUUUCCUACAGAUCCAUCUACUGGAGAGGGAGCUCUUGUUCUUUCCUCUGAUUGUACCAACAGUGGUAAAGAGUCUCCUGUUCUCAAUGGAAGAGAAAACUUCUCUGUACCUUGUGAUGGUAACAACCUUAGCACAACCAGUGAGCAAGAAAACACCGAAGAGGACAGUGAUGUCGCUAUGCCUUUAAAUCACUCGAUGGAUGACGACAGCGAAGAUGUUCCCGCCAACAGCGUGAGUCCUGCUUUGCCUCCGUUCCCCGGAGAUCUCAGGAAAGAAACGACUCAUCGUGGAGGCUUGGUAAGCUCAAAGAUCAUGAAGCGCUCGUCGUCCGUAAUCUCAGACUCGGGUAUCGAGAGCGAGCCUAGCUCGGUGGCGUGGCCCAUGGAAGUCAUGCUUCGGGGACGACCUUCUCUAGAUUUCUCUAGUGAGCGGGAAAUCCCGAAACAAAUCGUGUUGGAUCACCCAGUCCAUCGCAGCUGCCUGGAAGGCCUGCGGAUGGAGAGCAAUGGCAGCCUUCCAAGUGGAGGCAUACAGGCCUCUCUCACCUCAAUUAGCUCCCUGCCGUACGAGGAAGACCAGGAACAACAGAAACUCAGCAAACUGACUAAGUCUGUCUCUGCACCACAAAUAAGCAGCCCAGAAGAUGUGGAGGAAGAUCACAUUUUAAUUGGUUUGGAAAAAGACAGGACAAGCUCAGGGUGUCAGCAGGAUUUGUGCAUUUUGAACAUGGAUUCAGAACAAUCUGAGUUGUCUCAGCUAAGCCUAAACACUGACCACACUGGUAGGAGCGUGGGCUCAGAAAAUUCAAACUCUCAGCAGGAUUUGUCAGAGACCUGUGCAAGAAAGUUGGUCUUAAGUGGCGUGUCUGAUGUGUUACUUUCCCAAAACUCCAUUGAGAGGCUUUUCGUAGCGGCAAGUGGCGACCGGGGGGAUGAAAAGAACCGUCAAACACACAUGAAUGGAGAGAGCGCUUCAGUGGAAGAUGUGCAUCUCCUCGAAUCGGAAGUAGCUCCCUGUAGAUGUGGAAGUAAACCAUGUGUGUGUAAAAGUGCAGCAGAGCAGGGCAGCAGUAGCUGCGGAGAUGAUUGCCAGAGUUUCCACCAGAGUGAUCAGAGAGGCAUCGAGGAUAGACAUCUGGAUCCCCUGAAACGCUCACAGUCCAACGAUCUUACCAGCAGGACCGCCGUCAGGCCCAGUGACCUCACAGGGCUGAGGGCCAUGGAAAUAACGUCGCCCCCUAACCUCAGCGGUGCAUCAAUAAGUGACAAAGACCCUUUGGAAAGCCAGACCAAGGCCUCAAAGAUUCCUAACUCCGGGCUGGCCUUUGUGAAUAAGAAGAUGGUGGAGGUGGUGAACAUGUCUGUGUCCUGCGCCCCGACUUGCCUGCCGUUUUCAUCCGUCCUUAGAGACUCCCCCUCCGUCAGCGGCAUAUCUGCUCGCCAGGCUUCCUCGCCUAUUACCCAUCAGCCUCUGGGCUCCUUCGGUAUCAUCUCCUCAUCUUCGCUCAGCCCCUUGGCCACGGAUGAGGAGACCAAUGAACGGAUGCUGAGUUUCUACAAAGCCAGAGAGGAGCUUCUGAAAGAGUUGAAGUUCCAGGCCAGCUUGUACAGCAACCUUCCUCUCCUGGCAUCAGAUCUGCCCUACUUCCCUCCUGAGGAGGACGACGAGGAGUUUGAAGACGGGAUACAUCUCGUGGUGUGUGUCCACGGUCUUGACGGCAACAGCGCGGACCUCCGACUGGUCAAGACGUUCAUUGAACUGGGCCUGCCGGGAUCCAGGCUCGACUUCCUAAUGUCUGAACGGAAUCAGGCUGACACGUUUGCAGAUUUCGACACCAUGACAGACCGACUCCUGGACGAGAUCAUUCAGCACAUUCAGCUGUACAACCUCACUAUUGGCAGGAUAAGCUUCAUCGGCCACUCCCUGGGCAACGUCAUCAUCCGGUCAGUGCUGACCAGGCCUCGCUUCCGCUGCUACCUGCCCAGGCUGCACACCUUCCUCUCUCUGUCCGGUCCACACCUGGGAACGUUGUACAACAACAGCACCUUGGUCAGCACAGGUCUGUGGUUAAUGCAGAAGCUGAAGAAGUCGGGAUCCUUGCUGCAGCUCACCUUCAGAGAUCACGUCGAUCCGCGGAAAACCUUCCUCUACCUCCUGAGCCAGAAACCAGGGCUGCAGUACUUCAAGAAUGUGGUGUUGGUGGCGUCUCCUCAGGACCGAUACGUUCCGUUCCACUCAGCCAGGAUAGAGAUGUGCACGACUGCCCUGAAAGACAGGACCACAGGGCCCGUUUACACCGAGAUGAUCAACAACCUCCUGCAGCCAGUGGUGGAGGCCAAGGAGUGCCGUCUGAUCCGGCAGAACGUGUUCCACGCCCUGCCAAACACGGCCAACACCCUGAUCGGCCGCGCUGCCCACAUCGCCGUCCUGGACUCUGAGCUCUUCCUGGAGAAAUUCUUCCUGGUGGCGGGGCUCGACUACUUCAAGUAGAGGUAGUGGAACCACAGCUAACCAGAACCGAGUGGGAAGUCUACGUUUUCUCAUUACUCUGUACAGUUCAUGUUAGAAAUGUAAAAAAAAAAAAAGUCAGACCUGUAAUUCCUACCUUUUAGCCUCGUUAGCCGUCGUCCUGAAAGAAUUAGUGUUCCUGUUGGAAACUCAGAUGAGUGUGAUUUGUAGCUUACCCAACACGAAACAUCUGAGGGCGAUGAAGAGAGAAACGGAGGAUGUUUUGUCUGCCUUAUGAGUCCGCUCUCAGCCAGAAACACGGUGUUCCCCGCUUUCCCUUUAGACCUCAUUUAGAACAUUCUGCGUUUGCUGGUUGAUGAACUCUUUCGGUCAGAGUCACACCGAUGUUUUUCUUCACACCGUCUGUCGAACCAGUGCAAUAGAUGUGCUGUAUUUAACCCUAUGAUUGUACAUGGAGUAUAUUGUUGUACAGGAAACAGCUCUUCCUUUAUACAAAAGAGAUAUAUUGUUUAAAAUAAUUUAUUUUUACGUAUCUACGGUGUAAAUGUGAACUUCCGUGUCUUUGUGUGAACUCCACUGACAUUGUCCCAUGUGGGGAGAGGUGGAACAGGGUGUAGCUGAAAAUUGACUUCAUUCAUAUCCAUUUAGCUCAGUUGCCUAAAUAUUAAGCAAAAAGUGAAUUAUUUUAUAUUUCUAAAGGCUUUUGCAUUUUCUAAUCAGCAAAUUGAUCAAAACCCACACCAGCCAACAAAGCUACUGACAACACUAAUAACAAAGUGCUAGCAACCUUUCUCAAAGUCACAUGUAUAAAUAGCUGUCCAUUUAAAAAUGUUUAAAACAAAGUAAGGAGUAAAAUAAAACUAAAUCUAAUAUCAAAGUUUCCAGGUUUAGCUGGAUGAUGACGUUCUUGCUUAACGACAUGAUCAUCUAGUGAUGUUGUUACACUCAACAUUUUAGAAACGAAAAGAACCGAAACGAAACACAAACAAAAGAACCUGAACUUGAUCUGUUUUUGGAUAAACUCUGAGUUGUUUUUUUUUUGCACUUCCUCAAAGUAAGUGAAGCAUCCAGUAAAUGCAGGGAUUUCAUUUUUCUCCACUCUGAAGCAGGAUGUUUCUGAAUCUAUCCAGAGAUGAAAGAAAGUCUGUUACAAUUCUUAAACACCUUCCAUAUUAAAUGACUUUGUCUUUCUAUAGCUCUGGUCUGAUGACGACAACUUCAGACAGAUUAAUCUAAAUGCAGGUGGUGAAAAUAAUUCAGGAUGAUAAUUCAUCAUGAGGAUAUGCCUGUAGUUGGAUUAAUCAGGAUUUAUAGAUAUGUAUAGCUGAGUAUCAUCAGCUUAGCAGUGAUACUUUUACCAUGUGGAUUAUUUAUAUGUGCAAGUGAUCCAAACUCUAAACUCUGUGGUACUCCAUCCUGGUGCAUGUGGUCGGUGUUUGUCAUCGACAUGAGCAAACUGAAGUCUAUAACACAGAUUGAACGCAUCCAUCAGAUUACUUCCAGAAUUCUGGAUGAGAAGAAAGAUAUUAGAUGUAGGUAGGUAACACAUGAAGGAGUAUUAAACCUGAACAGAUUCAUUCCAAAGGUAUUUUAGAGCUACAUUAAAUUCUGUUACUGUACAACUCCAACAACAGGUGUUGACCUGAUAAGUUUGACUUUUAGGCUGUUUUGAAAGCGUAACAUUUUGCAAUAAAUGUUCCCUCUGUGUUUAUAUUAAGCAAUGAAUAUGCUUGUAAAAACAAACGGGCUUUCAGAUUCUACCCUGCAGCUUUGGGUUCAGCUUGUAACUCUUGCUUUUUGUACAGAAACCUACACCAACAACAGAACAACAACAGAAGAGUCCCUGUAGUCAAAGGCAAGAAGUCUAGAAACAGUUUCUACAAAGAAGGCUGGGUACAACCCAAGUGUCCCGACGUACCAUUAGAGUCCGAUGCUACGCUAAUGGUAGCCCAGAAAGUAUUUUCAUGUCUCAUAAAAUUCUAAAUGAUUGCAUUUUUCCGAUCAGCCAAUAUGUGAUCUUUAGCUAGAUUCAAUGACAACAUAUUAGGGUCACUGUAGAUACAAAAAAACAGAAAUUUGGAAGUGAAUUUGAGACAUUUUCUAGAAAAAAAAAAAAAAUUGGAUAUUCAAAAGCCUAAAACUUUAUAUGUUUGGAAAUGUUUGACUUUUUAAACUCAGAAAUGUCCUUUUUUUCAAAAAAAUAAGAAUAAUAAAUUUCUUUUGGAAAUAUACUCCCCCCCCUCAUCCACAUCGGCCCUAAUAUGGCACCAUAAGAUUCACUAUGACCAACAUGCUGACGGCUUCACUUAAAAACCAAAAAUCUGAAAAACUUUUGAAAGUUUUUCGGUUUGGUUCUGAAAUACUUUGAUCAAAACUAUGCUGCUUUGUGCAUUUACUCUUCCAGUAUUUAUCUAAAUGAUUUGGUCCAUCUGGUAGCUACUGAGGCUCAGUCAGACAGUUGAGCUGAUUAUUUAGUCCAAUUAUUUGCAGAAGCGUGACGACCCCAAGCCAUGAGAUCAACCUAUUGUGAAGGAUUUCUAUUAGUUAUGAGACAAACAGGCAGGAAACAGGCUCACUAGUAUAAUCAUGCUUAUAUAAUGAGAAAAAGAAACAUGACUAAUUACCACAACAUUGUGGUCUAAUAGCCAUCAUUUUCCUAAUGAGCCAUUUUUUAAUGUCUCGAUCAAAAUCCUCCGUUGACGUCCACAGAUCUUUAAUAAGGGUAGAUUACUAUUUCAGUGCUUUCAUUUUUCAGGAAAUUUAAAUGAUUUUGAAUGAACUGUCACGAUUUACUUAUAUUGUUUUCAAAAUCAUCAUGAUGCAUAUCAAAAUGUCAUCGGCAUAAUGAGAGAUAUUUUGUACAUUUCUUUGCGACAUGCACACUGCAUGAUGCAGUUUUCAAGCAGGUUUUGUGAAAACUCCCGUCUAUCAACAUGUCCAUCGUGUUGCGUUUACAUUUUCUGAAACUGGAAACGUUUCCUUAGGCAUUUCAUAUCCAGCAGCGCUGCGUGACACGGAUCUGCUGCGUAAUGUAUUUCUGUACAUACAGAGAGCUAUAUUUUAACCUUUGCACUGGUUUGUUGGCAAGUGCACUUUAUUGACAACCUUGAAUCAACCUCUACUAGCUUUAAAAAAAAAAAAAAUAGAAAGCUUUUUGUGUGUGUGGUUACUGUUGGAAAAUUGCAUUUGCUUCUUUUGGUCUGAAGGUCGUGUCAUGUGCUUAUUGUGAGAGGUAAAGUCUGGUCUCAUCUGUUCAGCCAUCGUCUUGCUAUCAAAACGUCGGCUGUCUUGCAGAACAACUGAUAACUUGACAAAGUUUUUUUUUUUUUUGUUGGGUUUAGCUGUUACACUGUAAGCAGUGACAGAUAUUAGCUGUGUCUCCAUUACAAAUUGUCUAUAUUCUGCUAAUGUCGAAAAAAUACAAUUCCGCAAUUGGCGCUUCCAUUAAAUAACAAAUGAAAUCAAAAUCACACGUGUUCACGUGACAAGUUUUCAAAAGUCAUGGCUGCGACAGACAUAAACAUUUACAUGAGAUGUAUUCAUAAUUCAGCGCUCGUCACCGAUCAGCCAAUCAGAGGAGGCGAAUUAUUCAGGCGUUGGAGCCACAAACCCUGCCUACUUGGGAGAGGGUACGUAUGAGGCGUUUUGGGGAAAUUGUAGUCGGCAUGUUGCAGAAUGAGACGGAUGUCUGAAAAGAACAAAAAUUAAGCAUCAUCCUCGUUCUCCGUCCUGUCAUUAUCUUUAUAACAUCUGGUUGUUGAUCACGUGACUCGUGUGAUCCGAAAAAGUUUGAUACAACAGAAAAAAAAAAAAAACCACCUCAUCUUAGCGCAAAAACUUAUUGAGGAACACAAGUUUUUCUGAAUUGGUAUAUUUCUAUUAAGCAAAUUUAUUUUUGUAAUUCCAAUAUGAUAAUACGAUUUUACGGUUAAUGGAAACGCAGCUGGUGACUCCAGUCACAUGGCCGUAGUUUUGAAAGGUCUUCACAACGCAAAGCUGCCAUGCGUCAUUCUGCUACUCACACACACUUUCUCUGGAUGAGGCUCUAACCUGGGUGUGUUACAGGUCACUAAGAGUAAAUCCAGAGAAAAAAAAGGGUUGGGUGUGCCCUUCAAAGUUAGGUACAAAACAGUUUCCUGCUCUGUUGGAAGGCUGAACUGUCGCAAGAAUUACGAGAUGACAUUUAGAUAGUUUUGAAGUCCAAUCAGUCAGUGGAAAUCAGUGUUUGUCACGUACAGCUCAGUAAUGGUGCAUUUUGAGGUGUUCCCCAAACCCAGAUCAUCCUUUUUAGUUUCUCUGUCAACCUUCAGAACUAUGUGACUUGAACCUCUCUGUAUUCAGUCGCCCUUUACUGGAGUGCGUGAAUUAUUUAUGUGACAGAAGUGUUCUCUGCUCUGUUGCUCGGCUACCUUUCCUGUGUUUGAACUGAAUGUAAAAAAGUUUGAAGUCACUGUGAGGAACUUCCAUUGAUUUCGUCUUAUUUACAUACAUGUAUAGUACCUUAACUAGUACUACAUCUGUGCCAAUAUUACUGAAAUAUUUUUAUAUGUUGCUGACCAUACUGUAUGUACUCUGAAGUAGCUUGUGUUCUAUGUAACAAAUUAAAAAUACUAUAUAUAUGUAUAUAUAUAUCAUAGUACUAUCCAAUGAAGUUAGAAAUAAAAAGUAUUCCUUUUGCAUUCCGUUUA